UUCUUUUCCAGAUAAAUUUUGUAUUUCUGUUUAACAUAGUUAGGAUUUUAAUGACAAAGCUGAGAGCUUCAACCACUUCAGAAACGAUACAGUACAGGAAGGCAGUCAAGGCCACGUUAGUUCUUCUGCCUCUGCUAGGCAUCACCUACAUGCUUUUCUUUGUCAACCCUGGUGAGGAUGACAUUUCCCAGAUCGUCUUCAUCUAUUUCAAUUCCUUCCUGCAGUCUUUUCAGGGUUUCUUUGUGUCAGUAUUUUACUGCUUCUUGAAUGGUGAGGUCCGUUCUGCUGCCAGGAAAAGGUGGCACCGCUGGCAAGACCAUCACUCCCUCCGAGUGCGUGUGGCACGUGCCAUGUCCAUCCCCACGUCUCCCACACGAAUCAGCUUCCAUAGCAUCAAACAGACCGCAGCCGUGUGAUACGCCCCGUACAUACACACACCACAUGGUGGCCUUCAGGGUUCUUCUCUCUUCACUCUCCCCGAGACCCUUUCUUCAGACUUUCUUCCUUUAUUCUGCACUGCUCUCUUUUGCAAUGAGGUGCCCAUCAUAUUUUUUUUGUGGACUCUCAUCUCCCGUAUUCGUGAUGCUGCUUUAAGGCAACCGAGCAAAAGCUCUUUGAGGAGGCGGUGGCGGAACAGAUUCGAAGAAGAAAGAGAUUCAACACUGACUGCACCUUGUGGAAGUUCGCAAAGCGAAGUCUGAAACAGCACGCUGGCAGGAACAAUCAGGUUUUUUUCCUCCUUUCUUUUUUUUGGGGGGUUUUUCCAUUCUGUAUUGUGGUGAACAAAGACUACUUUUAACACACUGCCCAUCUCACCCUGUACAUUGAUUCCCAAUGAUUUCGACAGUUUGAUGUGUAGAUAGCCCGUCUUUUUGUUGUUUCUUUGUAAAAACUUCUUCUCUGCAGAACUGUCAUUUGAGAAUGUGUGGCAGCGAGAAAAAGAGCGUCUGAAAGGUGGUGUGAAAAAUCCAAAUUUUAUCUGCCUUCUCCAUUUCUCCCUUUGAGAGACUGGGAGUUUGCCAGGGCAUCGCUGGACUGUUUAACACAGGGCACGUUGCCGUACGAGAACCAUCUCCUGGUCACACACAAAAUUUGGAAAAGGACAGCGGUACCUUUAGAGAGCUCUAUAAAAUAUCCUUAUUCCUCUUAGCCUCACGCUUUCGACACAAUGUAAGUAGCCUUUGGAAAGUCUUUGGUUUUUUUUCAGCUAAGAGGAUGGGGAUGGGGAAGGACAACAGAGCAUGUUUUGUGGGUUUAAAAAAAUAUAAAAGGGAAGCACUGUAAAAAUAAUAAUGAGGAGAGGAUGUUUGCCUCAUGAGGGUAGUGCUACAUGCUGCACAAAAAUUAUCUAUUGAGCAUUUUGAACUAGAGCAGUUGUAUCUACUAGGCUUUUUAUGUGAUGUUCAAAAAUACUGUAUAUUUUCAAUAAUAAACACUACUCUGGGUUGGUUUCAAUAAAA